AACUCCCAUGGGCCUGAACCAUCGCCCCUAACCCUAAACCAACAUCUAUCUCUCUUUCUAUUAAUGAAAACCUGGUAACCAUCGCGUCUCGUCUUCUUCACUCCUUAGCGGCGCCGAGCUCAGGGUUGAUCGGCAUCAUGGUGAACGUUCCCAAGACCAAGAAGACUUACUGCAAGAGUAAGGAGUGCAGGAAACACACCCUGCACAAGGUUACACAAUACAAGAAGGGCAAGGAUAGCCUUGCAGCUCAGGGAAAGCGCCGUUAUGACCGUAAACAGUCAGGUUAUGGUGGACAGACAAAGCCUGUGUUCCACAAAAAGGCUAAGACCACCAAGAAGAUUGUCUUGAGGCUGCAGUGCCAGGGUUGCAAACACGUAUCUCAACAUCCUAUUAAGAGGUGCAAGCACUUUGAGAUCGGAGGGGAUAAGAAGGGGAAGGGAACUUCUCUGUUCUAGUUUCAAAAAUAGGAUUUAUGGUGUCAAUGUUGUCUUCAUUUUACGUAGCUAUGUUCUCAUUUCGGAUGUUCAAAACGUUUGGAAUAUUUUGUUUCUCUUUGGAUAUCUAAUAGCUAUAUGCUAUUAAUGAAAAUUAUCUCGUGUUGGAGGAUUGCUUUUGCUAAUAUUAGUUUAUUGCUUCCAGGUC